CCCAGCACCGCGCCGCGCCGCGCCGUCCACAGCCCGCCGGCACCACCCGCCGUGCCCGUCUCCGACAGCGACGCAGCACCCACCACGGCGGCAUCUCUGGAGAGCACCAGAUCGACCCAAUCACCUCCAAAGGUGUUGGUGUUGGAGAAGUUUCUGAAUCUUCCAUGAGCGGUUCUGCUUCCAAGGUGGGGGCAACAAGGAACAAGCAGACCAACUUCUCGGCGUAUGAAGACAACAUGCUCUGCAAAUCGUGGCUGGAAAUUAGCUGUAAUCCUGUUGUAAACACCGACCAGAGGAAGGAAGCCUUUUGGAUUCGUGUGCUCAACAGAUGCAAUUUCAAAUGCGGCAGCUAUCCGACGAGGACCCAAAAAUUCAUUAUGAGUCGUUGGGAUCACAUCAAGGCUGAAGUAAGCAAGUUCUCUGGAUACAUGGCUGAGAUGAUCCGUUCCAAUCCUAGUGGCAUGUCGAAUGCAGAUAAGUCAGUGGCUGCUGCUGCUGAUUUUGCUAGUGUGGAGAAGCACAAUUUCACUCUCAUGCACUGCUGGAAAAUCCUGAAGGAUGAGCCCAAAUGGAUGGAGCUCAAAAGGAAAAUGGACACCCCUCAAAAUAGUGGUUCCAGGGAAAACGUCCCCCCAGUGUGCAGCGAGACAUUUUCGAUCAUCAUCCCGAAAAGUCCUUGUCAACUAGCCCAUCAUGGAAACGUCCCAUGGGGAGGGACACAUCUAAACAGGCUAAGAAGAAAGCUGCUUCAGCGUCCUCUGAGUACGUGUCCAAGAUACAUGAUUUAUCUGUCAGAAGAUUGAGUUAUUCAAGGAAACAGAGGGUGAGCGCAAGGCCGGACGGCGUUUACUAGUCAUAGAUAGUCGACUGGUAGUAGUAGGUAGCGAGCACCUAGCAGUGUAGUGAAGUACUGUAGCCGGGGUUGCAAGAUUUUCUUCAUCUGUCGUAAAACACAAAUGCUGGCGACAUAUAUUGAUAAUGACUGAAAUUGGACUCCUCGUGAGUUACAAGAGUAAAACACAAGAAAAAUUGGUCGAUGUGAGGGCUCCAAAACGUAACGGUAUCAACUAGUUAUUGUCCGUCAGAGUUUGCAGUUCCAGAACAACACACUGAAUACUAUAUUUACAGGGGUAAAAAAAAA